AUGGCAUCUACCAUCAGCCUCGUCUCCGAGAGGCACUUCCUGUGCCCGCUGUGUAAGGACAUCUUCAGCAGUCCCGUGACUACUCCGUGUGGCCACAGUUUCUGUCAGGCCUGCCUGUGUGGGUACUGGACCCGGCACCGUUCAGACUACUGUCCAGUCUGCAAGAGGUUGUUCCAUUCCAGGCCAGACCUUAGUGUCAACCGCAUCCUGGUUGACGUCUGUGACAACUACAGGAAGACACGGCCUGAGAGCCCUCAAGGGAGCCAUGACACGCCACAGGUUGUAGACAUUGACCAGAUGAUCCAGGAGAGACUGAAGAAAGUUGACAGACUCAGACACUCCCUGCAGCUCCUCAAAAACUCGUGUGUGAAGGAGGUGCGUGAGAGCCAGAAGGUGUUCUCUGCCCUCGUCAGUUCCAUGGAGAAGAGCCACAAGGCCGUGGUGACAGCCAUUGAGGAGAGACAGGGGAAGGAGGAGAGGAUUGUUGAGAAGCUGGUGAAGGAGCUGGAACAGGAGAUUCAACAGCUGAGGAGUGGAGACUCUGACCUGGGGCCUUGUCAAUCUCAGCAGAGCCAUGAUGAGCUCUGUGGUGGUGGUGGUCAGAAGAGUGUUGCAGUGAGCACCACUUCCACCACGGGCUACUCUGAGAGGAGGGACUGGUCCAAGGUUUCCAUGGAGACAGACCCCUGUAUGGGCGUGACCAGGAGAGCAGUGUCAGACCUGAUGGACAUGGUUAAAGGAGAGCUCUGUAGACUCUCUAAAGCUGAGCUGAAGAAAAUACAGAAUUAUACAGUAGACAUCUCGCUGAGUCCCAAGACGGCCCACGCCUUCCUCUCGGUCUCAGACGACCGGAAACAGGUGCGACACACAGACAAACACCAGGAGGUCCCAGACAACCCCAAGAGGUUUGACCGCGUGUCCAACGUCCUGGGAAGAGAAUCCUUCAGCAGCGGCAGGUACUACUGGGAGGUGGAGGUGGGAGAGAAGAUAGAGUGGAACCUGGGCGUGGCCAGACAGUCCAUCAACAGGAAAGGGAAGUUUACAGUCAGCCCAGCCAAUGGCUUCUGGACACUGAGCCUAAAGAGCGGGGGUCAAUAUGUAGCUAACACCUCCCCCACUGUCACCCCCGUGGGCCUGCAGCAGAAGCCCAGGAAGGUGGGGGUGUUUCUGGACUACGUGGAGGGCCGAGUGUCCUUCUACUGCGCGGAGACUGGGGUUCACAUCCAUACGUUUACAGAUAGCUUCACUGAUAGACUACAUCCCCUCUUUAGUCCUGGGCGGCAACAUGGGGGCAGGAAUAUCGCUCCUCUUAUUAUUAGUACUAGCUUCUGUAGCAUCUGAGCCCCCUGACUUAAUCCCCACACCUGGAAUAGUCAUUUAAUAAUGUCAUUAUGCAGCCUAAUGUAGAAUAAGGCUCACUCGGUCCUCUCUCACGUCUGCAUUUUCAGUUGGAUAAACCGGCUUCCUACCUAAUAUUGAGUUAAUGCAGUGUCUGUAUUAUCAGGAAAUGAGCU